UGCAGGACCUACAGGAUCCGUGGCGGGAGGAAGAGAAGCCGAGUGAUUUCUGGGCUCCUGCAAGAGUCGAAGCAGCAGCAGCUGGUGGAUGAAGAGGAUACAAAUAUGAGCCCUCUGGGACAAAUGAGAAUAACCAGCAACUUUGAAACGGAAAGUAAAUUGAGCCUUCAGAAAAGCAUACAAUUCUUCUCUUUCCCCAGCUGGUGAGAGACAAAGGGGAGAAAAUCCAGAAGAGAUUUCAAACUGGAAAAAGUAGAUUAUGAUGAAUUCAACAAUAGAUUACAUGAAAAGGUCAAAGGAGAUUAUGUUUUCCAUUUAGAAGGAAAUAUCUAAAAGUCAGAGGGGAGGAAAAAGACAAUUGGUAGACAGUAAUGCAGGUCUCUAGACAUUAAUACAGGCCUCCCCCUAUGAGGAACAAAACAGCUCUAUAGACGUGCCUGUUGUGGGAAAAACACACAUAUCAAAUCAAAAAUUAUGCACAACAGGAUCCACAUUUGAAGAAAGAAAUAACAAUUAUCCAAAUGUGGGAAAAGAUUUUGUUAGAUCAGCUCCCUUGUGGUUCAUGAAAGGACUCAGACAGCAGAGAAGCCCUAUAACUACUCCCAAUGCAGUAAUUGCUUUUGCAAGCAUAGUAACUUGGUGAUACAUCAGAGGACUCACACAAGGAGAAGACCCUUUGAAAGUGCUGAUUGUUGGAAAACUUUCAGUCAAAAUUUGGACCUGGUGGUAGAAUAGAGAAUGGACACAGGAAAGAAAUCGGCUAACUGUCCUGAUUGUGGGAAAAGUUUCAUUACAAAUUCCCAACUGGUGAAACACCAGAGGACUCACACAGGAGAGAAACCUUUUGAAUGUCCUGAUUGUGGCAAAUGUUUCAGUCAGAAUUCAAGCCUGGUGAUUCAUCAGAGGACUCACACAGGAGAGAAACCCUUUGAAUGUUCUGAUUGUGGCAAAUGCUUCAGUUGGAAUUCCAAUUUGGUUAAACACCAGAGGACCCACACAGGAGAGAAACCUUUUGAAUGUCCAGAUUGUGGGAAAGGUUUCAGUCAGAAUUAUGAUCUGGUGAACCAUCAGAGGAGUCACACAGGAGAAAAACCCUUUCAAUGUCCUGAUUGUGGGAAAAGUUUCAGUUGGUACUCCAGCCUGGUAAUACACCAGAGGACUCACACAGAAGAAAAACCCUUUGAAUGUCCUGUUUGUGGAAAAUGUUUCAAUCAGAAUUCCCACCUGUUGGAACACCAGAGGACUCACACAGGGGAGAAACCCUUUGAAUGUCCUGAUUGUGGCAAAUGUUUCAGUUUGAAUUCCAAUUUGGUGAAACACCAGAGGACUCACACAGGGGAGAAACCCUUUGAAUGUCCUGAUUGUGGGAAAAGUUUCAGUUGGUUCUGCAGCCUGGUGAUACACCAGAGGACUCACACAGGAGAGAAACCCUUUGAAUGUCCAGUUUGUGGGAAAUGUUUCAAUCAAAAUUCCCACCUGUUGGAACACCAACGGACUCACACAGGAGAUAAACGUUUUGAAUGUCCAGAUUGUGGGAAACGUUUUUGUCAGAAUUCCAGCCUGGUGAAACACCAGAGGACUCACACAGGGGAGAAACCCUUUGAAUGUCUAGAUUGUGGGAAACGUUUUUGUCAGAAUUCCAGCCUGGUGAUACACAAGAGGACUCACACAGGAGAGAAACCUUUUGAAUGUCCUGAUUGUGGAAAGAAAUUCAGUGAGAAUUCCAAUUUUGUUAAACAUCAGAGGACUCAUACUGGAGAGAAACCCUUUGAAUGUCUUGAUUGUGGGAAAGGUUUCUCCCAUAGGUCCAACUUGGUGGUACACCAGAGGACUCACACAAGAGAAAUGAUAUGAAUGUCCAGAUUGUGGAAAAAGUUUUAGUCGGAAUUCUGAUAUAUUUAUAUACCAGAGAACUUAUACAGGAGUGUAAGCACCUGAGUAUCCAGAUUGUGGGAAAAGGUUCUGCUUUCCACUCUGGUGUUACACUACAGAACUUAUACAGCAGAGAAGCCCAUUGAAUGUCUGGAUUAGGUGAAAUGUCACCGUAUUAACCUGGUGAGACACCAGAGGAUGCAUACAGGAGAGAAACCAUACAAAUGAGCUAUC